AAGGUCCAGAAUAAAACUGUGGCCCAAAUUUCCUAAAUACUAUUUUCUAGCCCAAUUUUCAAAAGCAGUCUCAAAUCCAAUGCUAACAUAGUUUCGCAUUCGCGCCUCACAACUUCUAGUAAUUCAUCAUUUCCCCACCACAUUUCAAACUCCCUUCUAUUUACACCCCUAAUAGGCCCACUAAUUUCCCAUUUUCCCUCGCCUGUCGUCUCCUACCUUCGCAGCAUCGUCAUCCCCAAAAACCCUGCGCAAAACCCUAAACCCCCAGCCACCCAAAAUGCGCAUUUUCUUAACCUACUCAUCCAAUUUCUUGAACCCCAAGUCAAAAACCCUAAACCCCAUCACUUUCCUCCUCUGCAAUCUCACCCCGACCCGACCCAAAUCGCAGUCGACCUCCAUCCCCAGAAAACAAGCCAGAAUCCGCGACCACGGCUACGACAACUACAUGGAAAUCGAAAAGAAAACCCGAAAAGUCCUCAAAUUUCAGGACCUCAUCCUGUCGCAGCCCAACCAAAUCAUCCAAGUCUCCCGCCUCGACCUCCUCGCCCGCCGCUUCGGCUUCAAGCAGCACGAGGCCGGCAUUUUCGUGCUCAAAUUCCCCCACGUCUUCGAGAUUUACGAGCACCCAGUUCAGCGGAUCCUCUACUGCCGGUUGACCCGAAAAGCCCACCUCCAGAUUGAGCAGGAGAAGCAGGCGCUGGUGGCACAAACUCCUGACGCCGUCACCCGCCUGAGAAAGCUCCUGAUGAUGUCCAACACCGGGCGGCUCCGCCUCGAGCAUGUUCGGAUUGCGAGGGCGGAGUUUGGGCUGCCGGAUGAUUUCGAGUACUCGGUAAUUCUCAAACACCCUGAAUACUUUAGAUUGUUUGAUGCUGAGGAAACUAGGAACAAGUACAUUGAGGUUGUUGAGAAAGAUUGUAGCUUAUCUGUUUGUGCAAUUGAGAAACUUAGGGAGAUUGAGUAUAGGGGGAGAGGGAUUGAUGCCGAGGAUAUAAGGUUUUCGUUUAUUGUGAAUUUUCCACCCGGUUUUAAGAUUGGGAAGUACUAUCGGAUUGCCGUGUGGAAAUGGCAGAGACUUCCCUAUUGGUCUCCGUACGAGGAUAUUUCCGGUUAUGACUUGAGGUCGAUUGAGGCGCAGAAGCGGAUGGAGAAGAGAGCAGUUGCUGUGAUUCAUGAAUUGCUGUCGUUGACGGUGGAGAAGAAGAUCACAUUGGAGAGGAUUGCUCAUUUUAGAAUGGCGAUGAAUUUGCCUAAUAAGUUGAAAGAGUUUCUGCUUCAGCAUCAGGGGAUUUUCUAUAUUUCAACUAGAGGGAAUCAUGGGAAGCUUCACACGGUGUUUCUCAGGGAGGCUUAUAAGAAGGGGGAGUUGAUAGAGCCAAAUGAUUUGUAUUUGGCGAGAAGGAAAUUGGCUGAGUUGGUUUUGAUUAGCCCUAGGAAGGCGAGAAUGGAUAGCGAAUUGGUUAGUUACCGCAGGGAUUGGGAAGAUGAUGAGAUGGGGCACAUUGGAAGAGAACGCAUUGUGAAUGCUUUUGAGGAUUUAGGAGGCGGGGAUGAUGUUAGGCGGGAGAGGGAUGUGGAGGGUGGUACGAAAUCAGAUAGUGGUAGUGAUUAUGACUCUGAUUGAUGACGAUGAUCCGUUGUGGUGAAACUAUGGACGAAAAGGAUUUUCAUGAAGCCGAUUGACCAAGAUAGAACUCAUAUUUUGCUACUUGAAUCAUUACCGUUAUGGAAGUUUCAGCUUGAAGGAGGGCAAUCCACAACUGCAUCAUCCAACCCAAGUGUCUUUGAAACAUUGCGAUUGGCUGAUGAUGGAGGGUAGCAUUUAUGGUAUGAAGAAUUGCUUAUUCGUGGACAGCACCUCAUAUGGAACUGACUCCUUGGAUAUUGGAGGGUAAAGUUCUGAUGCCAGUAGCCUUUUAGGCUUCUGCACAACUUGGUGAGUUGAACUUUGGUUGUGGCUAUCUUUUCACUACCAUUGCCUCUUUACCUUGUGAAUUCGAAAGAAGCCAUUUUUGAACCAUUUGAAGACAUUGAACUUAAGCACGAAUAAAUGGAAAAGUUUUGGUUUGGGAGAA